AUGGUGUGGUGGAAAAGAAACGCAGAUAUUNUGGCCACUAAAAGAAUACACAUUUCCAGGGAUGUACAAUUCCAUGAGCAUGUUUUUCCUUUUAUUGUGUCUUCUGAUCACACUUCUUUUCCUUGUGUCUUGCCAUCCUUUCACUCUGAUCAUACAUGUGUGGGUCACAAAGAUGAUACUUUGAGUAACAGUCAGUCACCAAAUGGGACCGCACCAAGUUCUGUCACCAACACUUUGUCACCAAAUGAUCAAAAUGUUUCCUCACCUUUUGAUCAAGGUAACUCCCCACCUGUUGAUACAAAUUCUUCUGAAAAUUCACCCAGUCCUUCAGACACUUCAGAUCACCAUUCCACCAAUACUCUAAACACUAGUAAUGAUACAAGACCAUCCAGAACAGUCAAAACACCAAGUUACCUGAAUGAAUAUGUGUACUCUCUUCCAAAUCUAAAGAAAAAUACCUCACACACUAUCUUACUAAAUUUUACCCCUUCAAACCAUCAACACAUCUGUUUUACUGCCUUGAAUAACAAUAGUCAGCAUAUGAUGAGAAGUAUUUCACAUGAUUCUGAACCAACUUCUUAUGAGGAGGCAGCCUUAAACCCUGCAUGGCAAGCUGCCAUGACACAAGAGUUUGAGGCUUUAUAUGCUAACCAUACAUGGGAUCUAGUUACAUUGCCUGCAGGUAAGAAAGCUAUAGGAUGCAAAUGGGUGUAUAAAAUCAAACACAAAUCAGAUGGGACUGUUGAAAGAUUUAAAGCAAGACUUGUAGUGAAAGGAUACACACAACAAGCAGGAAUAGACUACAAUGAAACAUUCUCUCCAGUUGUCAAGAUGACAACUGUUAGGACCCUGAUUAGAAUAGCAGUUAAAAGAGGCUGGGACUUGUUUCUAUUGGAUGUAAACAACGCAUUUUUACAUGGAGAUCUACAUGAAUAA